CUCAUGUCUCGUCUUCCGCCAUUGCCUGAAUUUGCCCGUCUUUCGGAUAGAGUGUGGCGAGUAAUGGGGUUGAAUCCCGGUAGAUGGACUCUCCAAGGUACAAAUACUUAUUUGGUUGGACGUGGGGCACGCAAGGUUUUGAUCGAUUGUGGUGCAGGUAGACCUGAAUACCUGCCCCUCUUAAUCCAAUCACUCAAAACAAUCUCCGAGGAUUGUUUUAUCUCGGACAUCUACUUAUCACACUGCCAUUCGGACCACUGGGGCGGAGUUGAGCAGAUCCUGACUUCCCCACUUUCCAAGCCUAACGUCCACAAAUUCCCGCUCCCACCUGGCGGCAAAGACGAAACCAGUUUUAUGGGUUCAUUUCCUUGGUCAUUAGUCAAACUCACGCCUCUGGAGGACAACCAGAUAAUCAAGGUCGAUCCAAAUACCACCCUCCAUGUCCUACACACGCCUGGCCACGCUAAUGAUCACUGUGCCUUUUGGUUUGAAGAAGAGCAAAGCAUCUUUACGGCCGAUUGUAUACUUGGCCACGGUAGUGUGAUAUUUUCAGACCUGUCAGAGUAUAUGGCAAGUUUGAAAAAGAUGGAGGCACUGGUGCCCAAAAGACUCUAUCCUGGACAUGGAACUAUGAUUGAGAAUGGACCGGCAAAGAUAAAGGAAUAUAUCAAUGUUCGCAAACAACGCGAAGACCAAAUUGUACGCAUCAUGCACUCAGAUACCAAGAAACAGAGU